AUGCAUCUGGAGAAGGCGGCCGGCCGGCCGAGCUCCGGCGGCAAGCUGGAGGUGGAGCUCCAUCAGACGUCCGCUGCCCCGCGGGCUGGCCUGGGACCCGCCGCCAGCAGCCGCCGGCCACAGCUGGGAGCCGGUGGGGCCGACCCCGAGAGCCCCUACCCCCGGGAGGCGGCCGGGCAGAGCUGCUGGGCUCCUGGGGACCAGGACUGUGGCUCCUUCCUCACGGAGCAGAGGGCGCGGUGCCUGCCCGUCUGCCGCCCGGAGCUCAUCACGGCCGAGUCCUGGGACCUCGGCUCGGCCGAGUGGGAGGGCAGGUCGCUGCUGGGCAGUGAGGCGGCCGGCUCCUCCAGAUCCGCCUCCUCGGACCGGGGGGACCUCCUGGAAGGGGCCCCCGUCCCGUUCCGCCUCUCGAAGCUGAGGCGCUGUGCGCGGUGGCUGAAAGUCACGGGCCUCUUCGUCUUCGUGGUGCUGUGCUCGGUCUCGUUCAGCCUGUAUCCGGACGAAGGACGGCUCUGGCAGCUGCUGGCCGUGUCGCCGCUGGAGAGCUACUCGGCGAACCUCAGCAGCCGAUCCGACUCCACGCUGCUCCGGGUGGACCUGGCGGGGGCCCUGGUGGCCGGCGGCCCGAGUCGCCCGGGAAGAGAAGAGCACGUGGUGGUGGAGGUGACGCAGGCCAGCGCGCCCGGCUCCAGGCGGCGGCCCCAGCAGGUCACUCACAACUGGACCGUGUUCUUAAGUCCGCGACGCGGCGAGCACGUGGUGGCGAGCAGGACCUUCGAGGUUCCGAGCCGGGACGGCGUCUCCAUCAGCGUCCGCGCGGCCCUGCAGCAGCCCCGGGCGGUGCCCCUGCUGCUGGCGCACCAGCACCUCCGUGCCAGCGUGGAAGCCCAGGUGACCAUGGCCGCCGUCAUCCUCGCCGGGGUCUACGUGCUGAUCAUCUUCGAGAUCGUGCACAGGACGCUGGCAGCCAUGCUGGGCUCCCUGGCGGCGCUGGCGGCGCUGGCUGUGACGGGCGAUAGACCCAGCCUCACCCACGUGGUGGAGUGGAUCGACUUCGAGACGCUGGCCCUGCUGUUCGGCAUGAUGAUCUUAGUCGCCAUAUUUUCAGAAACCGGGUUUUUUGAUUACUGUGCUGUCAAGGCCUACCGACUGUCCCGGGGGCGGGUGUGGGCCAUGAUCAUCAUGCUGUGCCUCAUCGCCGCCGUCCUCUCCGCCUUCCUGGACAACGUCACCACGUCGCUCCUCUUCACGCCCGUGACCAUCCGGCUGUGCGAGGUGCUCAACCUGGACCCCAGACAAGUGCUGAUUGCCGAAGUGAUCUUCACCAACAUCGGAGGAGCCGCCACCGCCAUCGGGGACCCACCCAACGUCAUCAUCAUCUCCAACCAGGAGCUGAGGAAGAUGGGCCUGGACUUCGCGGGAUUCACGGCGCACAUGUUCGUGGGGAUUUGCUUCGUCCUCCUCUUCUCCUUCCCCCUCCUCAGACUCCUCUUCUGGAACAGGAAGCUGUACAACAAGGAGCCCAGCGAGAUUGUCGAACUGAAGCACGAGAUCCACGUGUGGCGCCUGACCGCCCAGCGCAUCAGCCCGGCCAGCCGGGAGGAGACGGCGGUGCGCGGCCUGCUUCUGGGGAAGGUGCUGGCGCUGGAGCGGCUGCUGGCCCGGAGGCUGCACUCCUUCCACAGGCAAAUCUCGCAGGAGGAUAAGAACUGGGAGACCAACAUCCAGGAGCUGCAGAAAAAGCACAGGAUAUCGGACGGGAUCCUGCUGGCCAAGUGCCUGGCGGUGUUGGGGUUCGUGAUCUUCAUGUUCUUCCUCAACUCGUUCGUCCCCGCCGUCCACCUGGACCUGGGGUGGAUCGCUAUUCUGGGCGCCAUCUGGCUGCUGAUUUUAGCCGAUAUCCACGACUUCGAGAUCAUUCUGCACCGCGUGGAGUGGGCGACGCUUCUGUUCUUCGCGGCACUCUUCGUUCUGAUGGAGGCGCUGGGGCACCUGCACCUGAUAGAAUACGUCGGCGAGCAGACCACCUCGCUGAUAAAGAUGGUCCCCGAGGACCGGCGCCUGGCCGCCGCCAUCGUCCUGGUGGUCUGGGUCUCGGCCAUCGCGUCUUCCCUGAUCGACAACAUUCCGUUCACGGCGACGAUGAUCCCCGUGCUCCUGAACCUGAGCCAGGACCCCGAGGUCAGCCUGCCGGCGCCGCCCCUCAUGUACGCGCUGGCGCUGGGCGCCUGCCUGGGAGGCAACGGGACGCUGAUUGGGGCGUCGGCCAACGUCGUCUGCGCGGGGAUCGCCGAGCAGCACGGAUACGGCUUCUCCUUCGUGGAGUUUUUCAGGCUGGGCUUCCCCAUGAUGGUGGUCUCCUGCAUGGUGGCGAUGUGCUACCUGCUGGUUGUCCACGUGGUGAUGGGAUGGAAUUAACGGGGACGCCUCCUUGGAAGACCGAAGGGAGCCUGAGCCGUCACCCACGUCUGGAGAACACGCCCCCAUGGACCGCUCUCGGGAGGAGAAAAGGUGCUUACACGGGGGUGCGAUGGAGUGUAGACCUUGGGGCACCCACACUCUUAUCCAGCUCAAUGCUGGCAAAACAUGGCAACUAUAACUAUGGAUCACUUACCCGAGACACCCCUCCAGGAAAUACGUACGUUUCGGGACACUUCUUACAAGAAAGCACCAAUCCCAUCACCCACCCCAAAUGGUCCGUGUUGCUCAGGGUCCCUUCUCCCGAGGUUGUCUGCAGUUUUUCCUCCUGUCGUCACUUUUCGUGUUGGAAUAAUGAGCAUGCACAUUGUGUACCCCCUGGAGACAUGCUGUUCCUUGGGAAGGCAGACACCUUGUAAGGUGGCAGUUUAUGUAUUAAAAAAUAAAUAAACUCUCCCUUGGCA